GCGACAUUCUGACCCGGGAGGGGCCCCACCCGAACGUGGGUCAGGGGCAGGUAGGGGUCAGUGGCUGGGGUCAGAGGGCAGGGUCAGGGACUAGGGUUAGGGACUGGGGUCAGGGUCGGUGACCGGGGUCAGAGGGCAGGGUCAGUGGCUGGGGUCAGGGGUCAGCAUGGACAUCCGGGAGGAGCUGUCCUGCUCCAUCUGCCACAGCCUGUUCCACUGCCCGGUCACUACCCAGUGUGGCCACAGUUUCUGCUUGUCCUGCUUGGAGGGUCACUGGUCCCGCCAGACCGCCCACGACUGCCCGCUGUGUCGCCGACGGUUCCCCUCCCAGCCGCGGCCUGACAAGAACGUCACCCUCAGCCGCAUCUGCGACAGCCUGAGGCAGCAGGAGGCCGAGGCUCCGGCCGCUGACCGCUGCCCCUCCCACGGCGAUAGCCUGACCCUCUACUGCUGCACCGAGGGACGUGCGGUGUGUGGUCAGUGUGUCCGAGGGGAGCACCAGGACCACAGGACGCUCCCGCUGGAGCAGGCGGUCGAGGAGGCGUGGGACUGGGUUCGAGGACAGCAGGAUGCAGUGGAGACGGGCCUGAGGGCGACAAGCAGAGCGAAGGACGAGCUGACGCAGAGGGUGGCGUCCCUGGGGGACUCGGUGAGCCGGCAGGGGGCAGAGGUUCGGGGGGCCCUGCAGGGGCUGUCGGCCCUGGUGCGGGGCGCGGAGGGGCUGCUGGAGGGGCUGCUGGAGGGGGCGGCCCGGCAGCUGGAGGCGGAGGCGGCGGCGGAAGCAGCGGCGCUGGAGUGGAGGGAGGUGUGGCUGAGGGAGCGGCGGAGGGAGCUCCGCACCCUGCUCACCCAGGACACGGCUGGGCUGCUACAGGGCUGGCGGUCACUGGACAGCUGCCCAGCCGAUCUGCCCCCUCCGGCCACUGGGACGGACGUCUGGACGGUCCUGAGGCAGUUACCAGGAAUGAUAACGGAACUGGGAGAUCGGCUGGACGCACACAUGCAGAUGGUCACCCGGAGAUGGUCCGUCCGUCCCGGACCGGUCGGCUCAGCGGGAGACGGCCAGGCACCAGGUCCAGACGGCCAGGCACCAGGCCCACACACGUUGAAUGUCACCGCUUCUUCCAGAAUCUUCCAGCCUGAGAACAGCGUCAACACAGUGCUGGACAUAGAAACCACAGCGGACGCGGCCAGGGUCACGGACGCGGCCAGGGUCACGGACAGCGGUGAGCCGGCCCUGCCUCUGGACGAGGGCGGAGCCUCAGUAGUGGGCGGAGCCUCAGCAGAGGGUGGAGCCUCGGCGGAGGGCGGGGCCUCGGCAGAGGGCGGAGCCUCGGCAGAGGGCGGAGCCGUCACAGCACCAGUGACCAGGCAGCAGUUACUGCAGUACUGGACGGCAGUGACCUUCGACCCGAGCACGGCUUCGGUCCAGCUGCGGAUUUCAGAGGGGGGGCUGGUGGCCCACAACUCGCUGCCGGACGUCCAGACGUACGGGGAGAGCCGGGAGCGCUUUGACCGGAUGCCCCAGGUGCUGGGGGCGCCGGGGCUGGACGGCUGCCACUACUGGGAGGUGGCGGUGAGCGGGGGGCCGCUGAUGGUGGGACUGGCCCGCCACACCCUGAGCCGCAAGGGCAGGGGAACCUCCUGUCUGCUGGGCCGCAACAACUCCUCCUGGUGCCUGGAGCUGUCCGAGGGCACCGCCACACCUUGGCACCAGAACCAGGCCGGGACCCCCCUCCCAGCGCCCUCCCCCCUCGUCGGGCUGCACCUCGACGUCCCCCAACACUCCCUUACCCUGUACGGCCUCGACCACGGCCACAGCCUGACCGUCCUCCACCACUUCCACCUGUCCGCACCCCCACCUCUGUUCCCAGCCUUCUACAUACACCGGGGGGCCAGCGUCCGCAUCCUGACCCCAGGCUGAGCUGGGGGGGGGGUCAGCUCCAGGAGGGUCAGGGGAAAGGGAGGGUCAAGGGUCAGGGCAAGACAAGUUUUUCGCUGUACCUUGGCACAAGUGACAAUAAUAAACCAAUUCCAAUGAAGGAGGUUCGGGGGGGGGGGGGGGGGCGGGGGGGUGGGUUCAGAGGUCCAAAAGGGUAAGGGCAGAGGGUCAAGGGUCAGAGACCCUGGAGGGUCAGGAGAUUCGGGGGGGGGGCAGGGGGGGGUUCAGAGGUCCAAAAGGGUAAGGGCAGAGGGUCAAGGGUCAGAGACCCUGGAAGGUCAGGGGACAGGGCACGGGGUGAGGGAGGGCCAGGGGUCUGGACAGGGGCAAGGAAGGGUCAGGGAUCAGGGUUCCAGGAGGAUUGAGGAAAGCUGGAGGUCAGGGAACAAGGUCAGGGGUCAGGGAACAAGGCCACGAAGGGGCAGGAUGGGCACAAGCUGACGUCAGGAAAAGUCACGGGGUUGGGGCGGUUGGUCAGUGAGGGUCGCGGGAUCAGUGAGGGGUCACGGGGCCUCUGGCCCACUCUCAGGCCAUCACCACCACCAAGCUCCGUUCAUUAUCUCCCCGUCUCACCAACGCCACCCCCCCCCCAUCCCACUGACGUUCUCCCCUCCCCCACCCUUCC